GUUUAUAUAAUUUUACAUCUUUAUACAAUGAGAACGACUAAUGUCUGUCUCUUCCCACAAACCCUUUCAUCAGUCAAAAUGUCUGCUUCCUUGAGUUGUCAGAGUGUGAUAUCGGUGACAAACAUGUUGACAUUCGUUCAAUAAUUUGUUCAAUAACGGUUUGAGAUUAUUCUACUUUAAAGUGUUGUGAUAUAUUCUAACGAUGACCAGUUGUUGUGAUACGUGGGCGAGGCUUUGACAAAUAGCGUGUUUCUGGCUAGCCAAUUAUAUAGCAGCUAACGUUAGCCAAUGUUACUUGGCUGUUGCUCCCGUCUUUGUUUUCACACCUUUGCCCCACAGAACGCGCUUGCCAGAGUCGGCACUUCGAUAUACAAUAACUCUGCAACACGAGCACUUCAUGUCACUGCAGCAUGCUGCAAGAAUCGUGCAGCUCGUAUUCGGGUGGGGAAAGGAGACCGACCACUAACCUAUGAGCAAGCACUCCACCCCCACCACAUAGGACACCGCAACUGGCUCUCACAGCACACUAGUAACCUACAGGGAGGAGCAUCAAAUCGUACUGUCGUACGAACUUUCCUUAACUGCCUGGCCAAUGAGAUUGUGAUAAAGCGACGAGGCAACAUGCUGGUGGUGUGUACCCUGAUGCUACAGAAGUUCUACUUCCUGAUUGGCUACACGGAGACACUGCUCUCCCACUUCUACAAGUGUCCUGUUAAGAUGGAGGGACAGACCCUGGAGGAUAAGGCUGUCUACAAGUACCUCUGAAACAGAAAUUGCUAACAGAUUUGACUUUCAAUACUUUUUUUAAACCUUUAUUUUACUCGGCAAGUCAGUUAAGAACAAAUUCUUAUUUUCAAUGACGGCCUAGGAACAGUGGGUUAACUGCCUGUUCAGGGGCAGAACGACAGAUUUGUACCAUGUUAGCUCGGGGAUUUGAACUUGCAACCUUUCGGUUACUAGUCCAACGCUCUAACCACUAGGCUACCCUGCCGCCCCACUUGUCAUACAGGACUAUUUUGGGGAAACUCACCACUGUACAGUUGUAAAAAAUAAAUGGUAUUUUAAUGAG